AUGGCGGGUUCCAUCUCUGCGGAAAAGGAGCAGCCCAGGAAAAGGAAAAAGAAGACGCCCACAAAUAGUAAGUAUCCGAGAGGAGGACAUGGGACACGGAGUACGGGCGAUGGCAGAAAAAUCGAAAAGGCAAAGAACCCGGAAGAGGACUACAAAGAGCUGUACGCGGAGCAGGUCCAAGAGAUACUGGCGCUGAAUCAUAUUUACUUCCCGAUCUAUGUGGAGCGUCCAGGACACAUCAAGAAAGAGCACUUGCCAAGCGACCUGAUGAGCAAAGAAGAAUAUAAUCAGAAGAACAUAGAAGUGACCGCGGCAGUAGUUCCAAUAGAGAUGAACGACGAAAUUCACGAGGAGGGCUCCGUAAAGGUUUCCAUUUUCUUCAACUACGACAAUGACCUGCCCAAGUACAGAAUUUCAUUCACGUUUGAGAAGAAGUAUCCUUACUCCUAUCCUAACAUUUGCCUACACAUGAGUAGAGCUCUGAGCAAGGAACAGACAACUCACCUUUCGUUAAACAUAAAGAAGAUCUGCGCUAAAAAUUACGGAAGGAUUACUCUCUUCGACAUCUGCAUUUAUUCAAAUGAAUAUUUCAAUAAGCUUCUCAGUCACAACUUUGAGAAUCUGUGGGAAGAAAUGAAACACAGGAUUGAUGAUAAGAGCAAGGGGGAGCAUAGUCUGAAUCGACAGACACCCACGUGUUCCGAUCGGAACGUUCAGGAGAGUAUGACCGGUGCGACUACUACUGGGGGAAUAUUCAUAGGUAGCGGCAUCUCGGGGGGAACUGUCGCUGCUGGGGCGCCUAGGUUGUGGUCAUACUCUUCGGAAUACUUUAGAACGCACAGGGGUGGAGGCACAUGGGUGGAAGAUGAGGAAAGGAAAUACCCAGAGGUCAGAAACAGUAGCUUCAGUUUAGACGAUCGGCGGAGCCCCCGAAACAGCAGCUGCGGCACCGAUGGGAAGAGUGGCGAUAGCGGUACGGGAAGCGCUUCCAAUGUACGCACCCAUGCCAGCAAUAUUAGGGACGGUGGCAUGCAAGGUAGCAGGAAUGCCAGUAGCAGUGCCAGCAAUCGCCCCAGUGGCCACGACGUAUCCCCCCAGCGCAAGCUUCAUCACUCCUCCUUUGAACGGCGCAGCGGCCACCCAGGCCAGAGACACCAUCACACACCGCCUACCCAGGGGAGAUUCUUCCGAAACAUACAUGAGUCCAACAGCAUCUCGGGAUUUUCAUCAAUCAAUAGCUGCGUGGUGGGGGGAGAGGAAGAGCAAUUAAAUAUGUUUACAAAAAAAAGAAAAGAGAAAAAAACACAAGUCCGAAAAAUUUUGGAAGAUGAACUGAAUGGACUAAAAAAAAAAACAUUGGAAUCCAAUGAACAAAGAUUAAUCACACAUGGAGACGGAAGGCUAAAGCAUUUCCAGAUUCUGAAGAAGACAAAAAUAAGUUACUACAGAAAUAGAUUGCUCGUAAGACACAACAUAGACACAAACAUGUACAUAAUUCACACCUAUGCCAUUUUAGGUGUUUUUGAUUUUUUGGCCUUUUUUUUAAACCACAUGCUGCACUGCAACAGGGGCUUCAACUUGUUCUGCAACCUCGGUGAGAAGAACGGGCGGGCAAUACAAGCGGAGAACGCGGCUGGGAAACACACCAACGCUGCCAACACUGACAACGUGCAGAAGAAAAAAAAAAAAAAAAAAAACGAGAAAAAUGAGAAACUCUUCACGGACUUUUUAAAAGACAUAAACGAAUUCCGCACACAUAGGAACAGGGGGAAGCUCUGCGACCUCUCGUGCCUAGAUUACUUCUGCAGUGAAUACGAGCUAUAUGCCAGAAAGCAUUGUCUAGUCAGCACGGAGAACGAGAAGACGCUGCUACACGUCUUGAGCGAGCUGAACUUCUCGCGAUUAAGAAAGGUAGUAAAGCAUUUUCGUAUGGUCCAGAAAAUGAACUUGAAGAAAAUUAUCCGGGAGAUUUUGAGGCUGACGAAAAUUCAACACAAGUACUUGGCGAGGUACCACGUCUCCUGGUCGCAGCGGGAACACGCCGAACUAAACGAGGACAUCGGUGAGAACAGGGACAUGUGCAGGAUGUUCCAGAUGGUGAAGAUACUCAUCCUGGGUAGGGUCUUCCGCAAGUGUGAGGUGGGGAACGGUCAUGCGCGUGGCGAAACGGAAGCCAAAGAUAUGCACCUGUGCAGGGACGAACAAGCCAAGCAAAUAGAACACCUCUUCCAAAAGGUGCGAAGCAGGAACAACGGCGAAAGUGAGCAAAGCAGGGAAAGAAAAAAGGAAACAAAAAAACCACAAAGCAUGGGAUGGAGGAGGAGCGCCGCGCGCGAUGUAGACCCGUCUCCGCAAAGUGUAAACAGCUUCAGUCGCAGUUACACAUUUCCGGAUGGGAGCAACCCUCACCAGCACAACAGAAGUGACCAAAACAGCAGCGCCCACAACAGCAGUGACCAGGACGGAAGUGACCACAGACGGAUUAGAAGCCCACCAGGGACAAAAGGCAACCCCUACUCGGACUCCCACGAAGAGGAAGAAAGAAGAAGAAGAAAAAAAAAAAGCGACUCUUCCACCCCACUUGGCUUCACAUCAACAUUAAGUGAAAGCACAAAUAGAAGAAAGAGCACAUUCGACGGCACGAGCAACGAGAAGGAUAACGAGAAGGAUAAAGAAAAAGACACUCAAGGGGACAACCCUAAACCCUCGCGCACAGAACGACUGCUCAAUCAAAAAAUCAAGUUCAUGCAAAAGUUAAUAAGCAAAAAGGAAAAGAGAAAUGAUGUGCUCUACGUCCAAUGUGAAUACUGCAAGGGAGAGAUUCUGGAGAAAGAAAUUAAAAGAAAUUUUUUUCAAAAUAAUAAGUACCUUAUAUGGACUGUCUUUAGACAAAUUCUGGAGUGCCUAAGUUACCUUCACAAGAGGCACAUUUACUUGAAGAAUUUAACCACUGGGAAUAUGUUUGUGCAUUUGGAUGAAUACGGGAUUCACAUCAAGAUUGUUAACUACACUGCGUGCAAUCUGAUUGACUAUAUUUAUUUUUACGGUUCCUCCUAUGAGCGAAACUGCUCCUACAUGGCUAAUUUUUUGAGACACUUCUACCGCCAGGAGCAGCAGGGACAUCAGCAGGGAGAGCGGCGGGGUAACCAUCGAGGUGAUACUCCACAGCGGAGAAACGCCUCGGGAAGAAUCACAAGAGGCCAUGAACCGGCAGAAGAUGCAUUCCACGGAAAGACAGCCCAGAAAGGUACCAAAGCAGACAAAGAAGCUUCCCAAACACAGGGAGGAACACACACUCUGCAAGAAAAAGAAAAAGAAGAAAAAGAAGAAAAAGAAAAAAAAGAAAACCAAAAAGAUGAAACAAAGUCGCCAUUCUUCGCCCACAUGAAAAGCCACAUAAAGAAGAAACUUCUGGAGGACCAAAAGAACCAUUCCACAAAGAGUCACACAUCGCAGAGACAGAAGGAGCAGAAUGAAUUCUAUACACAUUCACAUAAUCAGCACCUGUACAAUUGUCUAUCUAAACACACGUACAGCUACGAAGAAUUGGAUUUGUUUUCCCUGGGAAUAGUCCUCUACGAACUGUUGCAUGUCCCCUUUAAGUCUCAAAAGGAGAAAAUGUUAAAUUUGAGGAACAUGAUCGUAAAGAGAACCUUCCCAGAAGAUUUUGUUAAACAUGCUGCCGACGAUGGAGCUGUUAAGGUUUUGAAAUUUAUUUUAAUUAAUACGAUUAGCGAUUGCCUCAAGAAGGAACCCCUUGGCAGACUGCAGUACCCGGAGAUUUCAAACCUGAGCGCAAAGACGGACGACUGGAAGUGGAGCCCACACCUCGAAGGCGGCAACAGAAGCGGGAAGAGCAACCGCAACGACAAUCCCGGGCGCGACAAAAAGGAAGUGAUCUACUGCAAGGAGAAGUCGCGUCUGACCGGUCAGGAAGUGGAGGAAGAAAAGACAGAAUCAAACGAAAAAGGAGAAGCAAACGAAAAAGAAGAAGCAAAAGAAAAACUAGACGUACGUUUUAAAGGUGCCACCUGCGCUGCAUGUGCUCCUCUUCCCAGCGGCCGAGCACCGGCUGCCGAUUCGGAUGCGCCAGACCUAUUGGUUAACCCCCCCAAUGAAUCCCUCAAAGGGGAACUGGAGGCAACAAAAAAAGAGGUGGCCCAAACGGACUUGACUGGGCACACUAGUAACCGUAGGAGCAACUUCAUUGGGGGCCCACCUAACAAGACGGACUUGUCUGGAAACUACGACGACGAAGACACGCACGGAAUAUCGGCGGAGAAGCUGCUGAACUGCCCCCUCAUACCCAUGGUCAUCCAGAGGGACCUAUUUAAGUACUUUUUGCAAAAGCUGAAAAUAAACUCUCCUGUGGAGAGUAAAAACGUGUUAACAGUUUUGCUGAACAAGGAGAAGGAAGCAAGUGAGGAGAGACUCAUGAAGACAAAUAGAAAUGUGCUGGCCUACACCAACGUCCGUACCUAUGAGUAUGAUGUCAUCAAUAGCUACGUCUUUGAACACAUCGGCACUGUGCUGUCUAAAAAAAACACAACGCAUAGUCACCCCCUCGCCUUUCUCUUGCACCCGGGAAGGGGAGCUCCACUGAUUGAAGAGACCCUGGAGAACAACCUCGCGCAGAAGAUCCCCACCAAUUUUAUUAAAAGGAUGGAAGUGCAGAAGGGGAGAAGUGCGAGGGGGGAUAAGAAGGUCUACUACUCGAAUUACAAGCCAGCAGGGGGUGGUAAGCAUGGCGAAGAGGAUGGCGGCAAGCGUAACGGCCAGCAGAGCGGUCAACAUAGCGAUGACCAGCACAGCAGUGAGCGGGGGGAUAUUCCACUCGUCCCGCCAAGCAACAGUCCCCCGUGGGAAACAAAGAAAAAGGCAGGGGAAGGAAAUAAUUUCCCAGUAUUAAACCGGUCCAACCAAAGAAUUGUUCUUAUUGACAAAAACAACAAGCUGCUCUACGUCCCAUUUUAUCUGACCGAGUCAUACAUAAAUGCAAUCCCCCACGGUACCCAGGGAAAGAACUUUAGCAGCUCGUUUUUCUUUUCGCAGAACCACUUUUUGCAAAGCGGUCGGCAGGAGACGGUCCGUCGGGAGAACAGCGUUUUGUACAGCAACUUGGUGCGCGUAGACAGCCGGGGGGACCUUCACUUCGGAGGGGGCACGGUCGGCGGCGCCAGGAAGGUUAGUGGCACCAGGGAGGUUAGCGGCACCAGGGAGGUUAGCGGCGUCAGGAAUGGUAGCAGCGCCAACUAUGUGAACAAUACCGGUGACGCCGACCCUUACGCCCACCCCUCCAACCGCGGCAGUGAAAGUGACGGCUGCGACCCCGCGCCUGGGCAGGAGACGCACGUCAAUCUCUCCUUCUGCGUGUACCAGCUGAUAACCCUACACAACGUUCUAAGUAUACUGCACAGAUUUGAAGCCUACUUGGGAAAACUCACAAUCAAGUGGUGCUAUACACACAUGCUCAUUCAGAUCAUCCGAGACGUCCUAUCCAUACACCAAGACGAAAGAGCCAGAUUUAUCUUUAACCAGUUACAACAGCCAAACAUUAAGUACAAGCAUUUUAAAAAGCUGUUGUACUUUCUCAACUUAUCCUACGAUGACAGAAUUUUGAAAAAAUUAUACUCCGUGGUAGUGGACAAAUCGGACAACCUAAAGCAGAGGAUGCAUAAGAUUAAAAAAAUGUAUUUUUUGUUGGACCAUCGGAAUAAGAAUGCCAUUAGCUAUUUAGCUUCCACUGUCAUUUAUCUGGAGAGUUUGUUUGAGCACUUUAACACGUCCAAGAAUACAUUCCUAUGGGACUUCUUCAUGAGCGAAUAUGAGCAAGUGUUUUCGUUUUCCUUCUCCUUUGCUGUUUACUCGGAUGCUGAUGAGGAUGCGCUUCUCUCCAUCGGGGGAGUCUCCACGGAUGCCUUUCCGCCUUCCGCCGAGCGCCCUCCCAGCGAGACCACGUAUAACUUUUUCUACGAGAUUUUCGUGGACACCAUCUCGGCGCUGAUACUCCAGAAAGUCCGAAAGAGCAAGUGCGCCAGCAUGCCCAUCGACUUCCACUCCCCCAGCGUUGUCAUCACCACCAAGGCGUACAAGCUGCUCGUGUACGCCUUCUCCCUCUACAACGGCUUGAUUCAGAACGGCAUCAAGUGCGAGUGCAAAAUUACCCCCCUCGUCGAGACGUCCAAAUUCGAGCAGGGCCUCCUCAAGUACAGCGACAUAAACAUCCACGUGCAGAUAACGCAAAAGGUAAACUCCAGCACAUCGCUCAAUAUAGAAGAUUACGAGCCAUCAGCCGAGACCAUCACUUCCAACAUAGUUGGCGACGAAAACGUAAACAUCAUGUAUAGCACCCACAUCAUACGCCUGAAUAUCAAAAAGAACUUCGAAAACGAGUCCUCCCUCAUUAACUAUAUAAAGCAAAGGGGCGUCCUCCAUCUGCACAUGAGGAAAGAAGACCCAUCUGUGCAGAACAGAAACUGUAUACGCAUCGAAUUCCGCCCGGGAGUGGGGGGAGAAGAAGCGUUGUUGUGGUCAAGGGAGCUGUUAAAUACGUACAAAACAUUUGCGGAGAAGAUAAGCUGUCGCGUCGAACGAGUUCACGACGCCAGCGAGUCCCUCGUGGUAACAUCCCCAUCCGACGUCUGCAUAACCAAGCAAGGGCAAGAAAUCAAAGCCAGUCUCUAUGAUCUCUUCAAGAAUGAAAGCGGCAUCCACCAAGUGAAGAGGGUUCCUCGGAAUGAGUCCAAGGGAAAAAUCCACUCCUCCACAGCCACGAUUGCAGUUUUACUGCACGAAGACGAAGGCAGGAAAGACCAACUCAAUUUGAAGGACUUGAAGAUUACGACCUUCCGGUCGAGCAAGCCGGGCGGGCAAAACGUUAACAAGAUUGAAUCAGGUGUGUCCAUCCUGCACAAGCCAACGGGGAUACAGACCGAAUGCCAAGAGGAAAGGACUCAAGAAAUGAACAAAAAAAUUGCCAUGAAAAGGUUAACUGAGAAAAUUUUCCAACUUCGGCAUAAGCAAACUGAGGAACAGCUCCGGAGUGAACGAGCCAAACUGAUAAAAGACAGUAAUCGGAGCAGGCGCAUCAGGACGUACAAUGUCUUCAGGGGGUAUAUAACUGACCAUGUGACGAAGCGGAAGCUGGACUUGAUGUACUUCUUAAAGGUAAAGUUGGAAUUUUUACUGAAUGUGGAUCGGUAG